UGACGGAACCCGGUAGGCAGCACCCGUUUCCUUCUCUAAUACACGCUGUCACUAACAGUUGAACCUUGUUAUAAUGAAGUCGGAUCUGACACAAAAAUAUAUUCGUUAUGUCCGAUAUUUGUUAUAGGCUUAUAUUUUCUACACACUGACAUCGACGAGACACAUUUUAUAUUAGCUUCGUUAUAUCCGUGUUCGUUAUAUCGAGUAUGACUGUAUCUGGUGGCGACGUAUGCACGUGGACAGUGCAUAGACACGAAUAGAUGGUAGAGCCAAACAAUUUUACGAAACAUCCUGUCCUGGCAGGUAGUGACGAUUGUGGCGUAUGGUCGCGGCGAGGUGGCCGAGUGGUGGGUGGUGUAGUUGCCGACCCGGCGCCCUGGAUGGUGCAGCUGAUGCGCGGGCGUAAGCACAUCUGCGCCGGUGCCCUCGUCUCUCCAAGGCACGUGCUCACAGCUGCCCACUGCGUCCAGCAGCACAGGUGCGUAUACCGCGAAGCACAGAGACAGUCCAAGAUGACUAGCGCCGCUGUCUCUCCCUCUUGCACCGGCUGCGGUGGCCAAGUGGCGGUUGCGCCCCCGGAGUCCAGCAGCUUUGUGCCGCACCAGAGGUGCGCAGCGUCAACUACGUCGAUGUUUCGCUGGCUAAUGGCGUUAUGUUGGAGGGCAUUGAGCGCAGAGCAGAAGGCACACUUUGAACGGUGCCCAUGCGUGGCGGCUGUGCGUGCUAAAUGCAGGCCCGAUCUGCGGCUUCGGCUGGCAGAAGGUGCCGAGCAUGCUCCUCGACAGGUGCUCGUGCACGAGAAUUUCGACGCAUCCGAGCUGCGCCACGACCUCGCGCUUCUGGUGCUCGAACAACCGGCGGCUGCGGCCCGCGCCGAGAUGGUGUGCCUGCCCACUGCAAGCGAGGAGAACCACGAGGGCAGGGCGGCCCUGGUGUCUGGUUGGGGCUCCACCGGGUCGCACGAGCAGAUGCAGCAACAGGAGAAUGUGGGAGAGGGCAUCCCGGAACACCGCGAAGCCAUGGUGCAGACGCUGAACCGUGACCAGUGCGAAGAGGCCUACCUGGGCUUGCUGGACAUCACUGACGAGAAGCUAUGUGCCGCGGGCGAUGGCGUGGACACUUGCCAGAUAGCCCAGAAAUUUGAAGCCUACGACGGGUCCCUUUACCAUGGACGUUUUUGCGGUGGGUUGUACCAGCCGGUGGGAAGCCUGUCGCGCUGUUUAACAACGGAAAGUGAAGGUCAAUACAGGGUGUUCCUUAUCAGUGACGGGUUCCACUUCAACGGCUAACCUGCAUCGUUUCCUGAUUGCUCUAGCGAUCGAGCGCCAUAUAAGUUGUGCAUAUAGUGCACUUUUGCUUGGCACAUGUGCUAUUUUUUCUUGUGCAACCCGUCUCUGUGACUCGCCGGCUAUGACGCUGCGGUGCUGUGCAUGAGGUUGCGGGUGCGAAUCCUGGCCGCGGCGGCCGCAUUCAGAUCGAAGAGGAAUGGCAUACCUUCCUACUUGCCCGAUUCUUUAUUUUUUUUGUAAAGGCCACAAAUUUAAGCUCGUGCUACGACUUUACGAAUGUUCCAUAAAGUUUUAUGACAAAUAAGUUCGGUUCGCGAAAAUGUUUAAAGCUCUCUAAAGGUGGGGCUGCUCAAGACUGCAAAAACAAAAAAGCGCAAAAAAGAAAUUGCGAUGCUAACUGCCUAGCCUUCUUGUGGCAGUGCAGGGCGCCAUAUAAAACGGAGAGCACUUACUACUAACAAGCUUGUUCAGAAAAGUUCCUUAAGCAGGCUAAAUCGGCAGCAGCAAAGUCGCUGAAAGAGUCACUGUGACCUAAUAAUAAGCGCAUGGUAUGU